AUGACGUUAGUUACCUUUCUGAAAGUAAGCCCACCGAUCUUUAAAGGAACCACGAAUCCGACAAAGGCUGAUAAUUGGUUUCAGGCAAUGGAACAAGCUUUGCAAACACAACAAGUGCCUGAAGAUCAGUGUGUUGAGUUUGCCACUUACCAGCUCAUGGGUGAAGCUCAGUAUUGGUGGCAGGGAACCCGCCGUCUUCUGCAGUGGGAUGGUGCUGCGAUACCAUGGGGGGCAUUCCAAAUUGAGUUCUACAAAAAGUACUUUCCCAAUUCGGUUCAAACGGUUAAGGAGGUUGAAUUAUUGCAACUGAAGCAGGGUUUAAUGUUAGUAGCUGAGUACACAAACAAAUUUGAGGAGCUGUGUCGGUUUUUUAAGAUCUGUUAG